AUGACAAUCCUCAUCACAGGCGGAACAGGAAAGACGGGGCUGAAGCUUGCUCAUGUACUGAAUGAAGCUGGCCACGCCGUUCUCCUCACUUCUCGCGAGGGCGAGGUACCCCAUCCAUUCAAAGGCGUCAAACUCGACUGGCUCGACCCAUCAACCUUCACCAAUCCAUUCGACGCCGACCCAGCAAUCGACCGCGUUUACGUCGUGGGGCCAAUCGGGGUUCUGGAUACCCUUCCGCACGUGAAGCCCUUCAUCGAUCUUGCGCUGACCAAAGGUGUCAAGCGAUUCGUUGUACUAAGCGGCAGCCCGGUCCCCAAAGGAGGUCCGAUCGCAGGGAAGGUGCAUGAGUAUCUGGCAGAGAUUGGCGUGGACUAUGCAGUUCUACGUCCAACUUGGUUUAUAGAGAACUUUUCCACCGCAUUCGUUGCGCCUAUUCGUGCACACAACCGGAUCGUCUCAGCUGCGAAGGACGGGCGGCUCGCGUUCGUUUCGGUCGACGACAUUGCCCAGGCUGCGUCGGAUGCUUUGCUCGACGAGAAGAGCUGGAACUCCGACCGAUACAUCGUAGGCCCCGAGUUGUUUUCGUACGAUGAGGUCGCAGCUUUACUCAGCAAAGUCCUUGGAAGGGAGAUAAAGCACAAAAGGCUAACCGAAGAUGAAUCGCGUUCGAUCUUCACAUCAGUCGUCGGCCUGGACGUCGAAUAUGCCAACUUCCUGGUAAAUGCCGAGGCACAGAUCGCAGAUGGGGCAGAGGUGGCUGUAUUUGAGAGUGACAACAAGAUCGUUGGCAAGAAGCACCUUCAAGAGUUCUUUGAAACUAAUAGGGAGACGUGGGUAAUUUGA